AUGACGGCGAAUAAGCUGGGAGAUGUAGGGCUUUCCUCGUUUUUCGAUGCCUUGCCGCCCACGGGCACGCCAUUGAGCGAGCUAUACUUGUCCGUUAAUACUGUCGCUUCGGAAUCAGGCUCAUGGCGUGCGGCCCGGAGUAUAGCCAAUUUUUUAAGCUCCCCCAAAAAGUGUCGCCACAUCAAAUACUUCCACCUGAGCGGCAAUCACUUUGGGUGGGCCGGUGUGCGAGCCAUUGUGCAUGCCAUCCUUGGGUCGCGUCGCGCUUGCACCUUGAAUGGCACCAUCGCUGCCAACAAUAUUCCUACUGACAUGCUCGAUGCUGUAGCUCCAAAUACAAACCUAGUGGCCAUGGACUUGUUUUCUACAGGCAUCGAUACCCUCAUGACAUCUACGCAGGAGCCUCUUCCGCCAGAGCUCGAAUGGGAAACAUACUCCGCCGUGACCCCUGAUAAUUGGUCGGAUGUGCUCACAGAACACUUGUGCCGAAAUCAAGACCACGCGCGCGCGUGCCAGUCGGCCUCUGUACAGUUGCUCGCUGUUGCCCGAACGAUCGGGUGUAAGUCAAGAGAAGCUAAUGUGCCCAGCACCAAAGUCUUCCCAUUUCUGCGCCUCCCGACGGAGCUACGUGUCUUCAUCAUGCAAUUCAUUGAUACAGACAACGUGCUGAGUCAUGAGCAAUUCAUCAAUAUCCUCCGGUGGGCAAGUGAACCCAGCACCAUUCAGUUUAUCCGCGAGUUCGGCGCAUGGCCACCGCAGCAUUCAUCUGUACCCACGGAAAACAUUUGGGGCCUGCCUCCUUGGUCCUGGGAAGAAGCGUAUACAUGGCGCUCAGUGCCGCGAAACUGGUACAGCGAAGCGAUGGAGUACGAUGAGUGGCACCGAUGGCAGCCAGAAAAGCUGGCAUUCUGGGAAAACACCGGCAUCAGUACACCCGUCUAUUAG